AUGCCUACACCCGAGUCGGAGCUGUUUCUGCGCCAGAAACCCAAGGUCCCCCCGACGUUCCAGGGCGUCGAUUUCCAAGACAAUGAAGCAGUCGCCGAUGCAAGAGACGCAAUUGUUCGAGAACAAUGGGUUCAGAGGAUGAUGAAGAGGUUGGUGGGAGAGGAAAUGGGUAUGUCUGUCGAGAAUGCUUUCUGCACCAUCAUCUACGGCAAAUGCUACGCACGCGAAGGUGUCAACCAUCUUGAGAAAUGCGGAAAGUACAGAGACCGUUAUCUCCAGCUCCUCAAGUCGACGCGCGAAGCCGGUUUCCGCGGCCAACAACAAAAUUAUAUCCCAGGUGUAGAUGGUCCCGCAGGUGGCCCAGAGGUUCACACAGACUACCCGAGCGCACAACAGGCCAAGGGUUCCAGAGGAUCAGAUCACAGACCUGGCAACACGACAGGAAAGGGCGGCGAUGCAUUGUACUAA